GUAGAAAUGGCGGCAAACUUAGAGCAAGUGAAAAACAAUGUAUCUUACAUUGUAUCGAAUAUAAAACAGUCACAGACUUGUCCUAUUGAGAAAGAAAUAUUUUUACGAAAUUCUAUUGAUACUAUCAAUUUGAUACUUGAUGGUUUGCUGUCCUUAAUGAAAUUUAAGACUGUUGAUGCAGUAAUCAAAGAAAUACCAGAUACAGGUCAGAUAUUAGGACGUUUAUAUGUAUCAAAAACUGUACGAGGGUGUUCAGCAUUGUAUGAUAAAACUACACAAUGUAUAAUGGGACUAUGGAGAGAGAAUCCACAAACCCAUAUAGAGAGAAAAGCUGCAGAGUGGGCUUUGGCACAAGUAAAAAGUACUGUAUGUAUUCCAAUGAACUCUUACUUCACAGUCUGUCAGCUAGGUAUACAACCAAAUAAUGUUGUCAAAGAAAAUUCAAAACAGAUAAUUAUACAAAUUAAAGGGAAAUUGAGGAAAAAAUUACAAGAGAAGAAGGAUCAAAUGUUGAAAUCUAAAGUGGAUAUUGGAGAUACUUUAGAAUCAGAUUUAUGGUUUAUAAUGGUGUACAAACAACUAUUUACUGUUCCAGUUAACUCUCAUUUGUUGUCAUUAUGGGAUUAUAUUUUGGAGGUGCUCACUUUAUACCCAUUGGAAGAUCCAGUUGCUAAAAAGAUUUGUGAAGAUUUAUCCAAGUCUUUACAACACAAGAAAGGUUACAGACAGAACAUUUCUGCAGCAACUUGUUAUAAAUUGUGGACAUACAGUAGGUCUUCACUGGAACAAGAGGUUUUGUUCCGAAUUGAAUUAUGUAAAGACCAUGUGUUAACUUCUGAGAUGGACAAUGUUUGGAAUGACAGUUCUCUAAUAAAAGUAUGUAUGUUAGAUGGUCAGAUGUAUGAAGUUAUAUAUAAGAUGGUGAUCACACUGACUGGUAAUACCAUAAUUAGAAUCCUUGAAUCAUUUCUUAGAUGUAUUUGGAUGGAGAAAAGAAAAUGUAAUUCGCAGGACAGCUUAUUCCUCAGUAUGAUUUAUCCAGCUCAUUUCAGAAUCCUUGUGAACUCAUUGUCUGUACAUCCUGAAGAUGUUAAACCAGAAAAUCUAGGUCCACAUGUGAAGACUCUGUGUGAUAUAUUUAAAGAUGACCUUGAAAACAAUGGGGAGACAACUGAGUUACUGGUACUAUCACUACAGUUCAAACAAUGGUACCAGAAAGCAUUGCAGUUGUGUUUUAUAUGUGACAGACAGUUUCAGACAUCUUGUUUAGAUCUAGUGGCCUGUUAUAGCAGUCUGUGGUAUAAAUUACAACGUCAGUCAAUAAAAGAUGUUUUGACAAGAAUUGUGCUAUGCUUGAGACCUCUGUUAGUAAAAUCUACAUUGUGUUAUACUGAUAUAAUGUGUGUGUUAUCAGGGAACCAGGUUAGCAAUCAAGGUCAAAUGAAGGACACUAUUUAUCACAUACUACUUAUGUUUCUGUACCAAGGUUCUGGAGGUCUAAAUGUACUGACUCAAAUACUAAAGCUGAUAACAUGUAGUGACAGUGUAAAUGAUCACCUGACAUGUUUGGUAGAAUCACAUGAUCAACUUUUCAUUGAUUACAUGAAGUGGACAAUAUAUAAAAAGAGACAGUAUAAGGAUAUUUUAAAUGAACUAAUGGAAAAAUCUGAAAGUGUUACCCAUCCUGAUAUUAUGGAUAAUGUUAAAGCGUUUCUUGAAAAGAUUUGAUGCAUUGACUGAAUAUUUGUUUAGCAUUUUGUUUAGUGUAAUCAUUCCUUUCUUAGGGAGGAGGGUCAGGGGAUGUUGGGGAAACUAUAGUUAAAGUGGGAAGUAAUAGCUAGAUAAAUGAAGUUUUGGAAAAAGCUAAGGGUACAACAAUACUUGUAUGAGGUAGGAAGAUAAAAGUUUUAUGAUAUUCUGUUCAAAAGAAUUUUUAGUCAGUCCGGUAACCAUUAAUGCUUCAGGAUGAACUCGGAUACUUAAGGGUGUCGUAACACAUACAGGUAUGACUGUAGAUAAAUUAUGGUGUCCCUACUAUUAUAGAUACAGUACACAUUAUCAGAUUUUAUCGUUUACUUAUUUGGGGUAGGUUCUUAUAAUUUGUAGGAAUUCAUUUGUCCCCUUGGUAAAAAAAAUAUUUCUGAAGACAAGAAGAAGAUACUUAUUGUUAUAUGAUAUUUUUGAACAGCUAUGUAAUUAUUUAUCUUAGUGUCCUCAUAUUAAUUUUUAAGCAGAGCAAAGCAUACAGCUAUUCUUUUCAGUUAGUUUUAUCUCCAUUGUGCCAAAUGUUUUGAAAUUGUUAGGUUUCAAUAAAUUUAAAUUUAUACAA